CAAGUGGUUGUAGUGAAGACCAAGUUGUAACCGGCAAGAAAGCCAAUCUGGCUGUCAGUUGUGUCAGUGCCUUAUACCCGAGCAGGUAGUACCUAUGUGUGCUUCUCAGAUGUGCGUGUGAGUGGCUGCAAAAUGCUGACGGCUCCGUAACCAUACGUCGCCUACACCAUGCGGAAGUGUCUUCCAAUGAAGGUUCAGACGAGAGUUUCAACAUGGCUGCUGGGUGUGAUGCUGCUUGUGGCCCACUCACUCGCAGCCCAAUGCCCUUGGCACCGAGACCUCAAGGAACUACAAUCUUCAUGCAUCUGCGCAUAUAACUUAGGCCAAGAACUUUCAGUGCAGUGUGAUAUGGUGGACUUCCCUCUCUUGCUCAGCGCGUUAGAUAGAUAUGCAAGAACUACUCCAUUAGACUUGCUUUAUGUGAACAAUAGCACAAUUGUUAAAAUAGAAGACGGUGCUUUUAAGAAUCUCAGACUUAAUAAUGUGCAGUUAUCCGGGUGCAAAAUUCGGAUUAUAGCACCGGGGGCAUUCCGUAGCCAGGAAGGUUCACUUAGGAACCUGAAUCUUCAAGACAAUCAACUGGAGCAAGUUCCUGUAGAAAGCCUCCGACUUCUAGCAAAUCUCACACUACUCGAUCUGUCCCGCAACCACAUCGGCACGGUGCCCGAUGAAGCCUUCGUCACACUCUCUAGCCUUUCGACACUAAAACUCUCGGAUAACAAUCUCACGUUAUCAGCACGGGCGUUCAGAGGGCUUGAAGGCUCACUCAAGAAUCUCAAUUUGAAAGGAACGAGACAAAAACGGGUACCGGAGGCAGUACGCGGACUAAAGACAUUAGCGUUUUUAGAUCUAGCUCAGAAUGGACUCCGAGAACUACCAGGUCCCGGUGGACGCCUUCUGGAAGAUCUCCAUUCCCUAACGGCCCUCAACCUGGAGCGUAACUUGAUCCAGAGCGUUGAUGCCGAUGCGUUCAAUGGGGUGAACGACACGCUCAGUUCGCUCAGUCUCCUCAACAACCUCUUGACGGACUUCCCGACGGCGGCCAUCAACAGCCUCACCGAGCUGCGGGUGCUUGACAUUGGUUUCAACUUGCUAACGGAGCUGCCGGGUGAUGCUUUCUUCGGAACGCCCUCACUAACACUGCUAGCACUGGAUGGCAACCCCUUGACUACCGUCCCAGAGUUAGCACUGGCCCAUCUUAACAUGACAUUAAGAGGAUUAAGUCUUGGAGGACGUUUUCUGCAUUGCGACUGCAGGCUACGGUGGGUGACAGAAUGGGUCAGAAGAAACGACUUACAGGUUACCAGUCGCGAACGGAAUCCCCAGUUCUGUGGUAGUCCUACAAGAUUAAAGGACCGAGGAUUCUACACUAUUCAGCCAGACGAACUUACAUGUGGAAUAGCCAACGACCUAGCGAAUACUGCCGCUAUUCAGAAUGAACCAGGAAAUAAGAAACCACCAAAAAGAGAGGAAGAAAUGGAGGAGGAAGAAGAAAAGCAUGCAGUAUUUGCGUCCCCAAUAUCACGCCUGAAGACCACAACACUCAAAUCUACUAGUACAACCAGCAGCACAACCACUGCAACCACAACUUUAACUUCAAUGACCACAGUUCAAACCACAACUACACAUGUACCGAGACCUGUGACCAUACCCAGCACAAUUAAAACCACACCCAAACCACCCACUGUGACAACACGAGGAACAACAUCUACCACCAGUACGACAACUACAUCAAGACCUACAACCACCACACGACGAGGGAAUGUGGUGGUGUCUAGAACUACUGUUCCUCCCUGGCGUGGAAACAGUAAUUCUCAGCAGAGGCCACCACUUGUCCUAGGUUUUCCAUCACACCCUGGCAAACAUGAAGAGGUUCAGGAAGUAAUGGUUCGCAAUGCCUACCGCCAGGAUAACUCAGUCAUCAUUCAAUGGGAUUCUGAGACUGCAAACAUACUUGGAUUCCGUGUUGUAUACAGAUUGUUUGGUGACAAGAGUUUUAAACAGGGACCUCCUCUUGAAGCAAGUGAGAGAGAAUUUAAGAUUAAAAAUGUGCCGGCUCAGGAAUGCAUUGUGGUAUGUGUGAUUUCCUUAGAAGACGUAGUUGUGACACCGGAAACUGUGCCAUAUAAUCAAUGUCGUGAGGUUCGCACAGUAACAUCCCCAUCCAGCAAUAUGGACAAGAUAACCAUUGCAGCAAGUGCUGCUAUCUGUGGGACUGUGGUAAUAGCAGUCAUCGUAUUUGUGGCUGCGAGUCGUCGCCGGUCUCGCAAACUUCACACAUUGGAACAACAUGAGUCUAAAAAUGGGAUUCCUGUGGGUGGGCUGCCAGUAACUUGUUGCUCAGGCAUGGGCCCAACUCCUAGUCCUGGAGGGCCACUGUCUUCACUUGCGACACUCAGUGCCUUCACGACACACAAAGAUUGGGAUCAGGUCUCCAUGUACAGUAACCGCAGUAUCCCAAGGCCUAGGGUGUACCAUAUGGACAGACAAGGUUCCAUCAACAUGGGAUGUAUUGCUGAUGACAUGCAUUCGCAUGCAUCUCACUUCAGCAGCAAAGGCGUUAAGACCAGGUCCAUAGCUGAUGGGCAAUCGCAACACAGUUUCUCAAACCAUUCUGGACGAUAUCUAUCAGGGAAAUCCUAUGCUGCUGGGCUUGUCAGCUCUCGACCAGAACUGCGACAAUCCCGGCAAUCACUCACAGCAACUUCUGAUCAUGUAUCUCGCAUGAAUUACCCUACCAGUCAUCAACACCAUCAACCAUCUGUAACCUCUUCUCGUCGACAACGUCCUCGGUCCCGCAGCAGGGAUCACCAAUCUGGACUACAAAGACCUGGCAGUCGCUACAGUACAGCUGGCUCCACCCACACUCUCAACAAUUACUGUGACACUUCAGACAAUUGGACUGAUCAUGAUAUGGACAUAUACAUGGCACGCAAUCCAACCACACGAGGAGGACUUGUUCCGCUGUGAAACUCUUGUUACUGUGAGAUGCCACAUGUAACAUAUCACAAAAUAGAAAGUUCAUUUUCAAAUGGUACAUGAACUGUACAAGAAGAUGUGCGUUUCUCACGGUUUCACAUGAAGUUUAUCGCACAAGAAGAUAUCUGCAUGAACAAGCUGAUAUGGGUAAUGAAUCAUGCCCAGUCAUGGCAGAAGCAGAGAGAAGGCAACAUAAUGAUAUAAGCUAAAGAAUGUAUAGUUAAAAUGUAGUCAAACACAGUGUGUAACAAAGAAAAUCUCCACCUUUAGGAACUUUCAGAAACCUGUACACAUGAAACAACCUGAGAACCACUACAUAAUAUUUCAUGAAAUUUGACGCUGAGGAGUUUCACUAAAAUCUCUUAACACAUUCCUGUUUUAGUUAAAAGUGGACAAAAAUAAUGGACACUCACAUGAAGACUGCACUCUUCUGCGUGUAUCCUUAGCAUAAUGUGUUUAAUAUUUAUUGAAAUGGAAGGUGUUUUGAACAAAAUUUGGAGAAUAAUUACAGUUUUUGAUAGAAUAAAGCAAAAAGACACUACGCAUAUAUUUCCAAAUUUGUAUAUUCAACAAUCAACAACGGCCUCCUAAACACGUCCAAAGAUUACAUUAGUGUCCUAUUUUCAGUGAUAACUAAACUGACCUUCCUCCCAUUUGAUUUCAUAGAUCUACGUGUAUGUGGAUACAUAUUUAAUUAAAAUAUAAUUGAUCAUGCUAGUGAAGUAUUAAUCUUGAUCAUAAUAGACCAUACUAUACAA